GUGGGAGACGCCAGCCAGCCGGACAGCCAGCCAGAGGGGUCCCGUGUGUCCCGAUGGACGUCCCCGUGACUCUGCAGCCGUCCUGGCUGCGCCGCCCGUUGGGCGCCCCGGGCCCGGCCUUCCCCUCCCGCCUCUUCGACCAGCGUUUCGGGGAGGGGCUGCUGGAGGCCGAGCUGGCGGCCCUGGGCGUCCCCGGGCUGGGCCCCACCUUCCUGCGGGCCCCCGGCGUGGCGCUGCGCCCCGAGCCCGCCCCGCCCCAGAAGGACCACUUCUCCGUGCUGCUGGACGUGAAGCACUUCUCCCCGGAGGAGAUCAGCGUGAAGGUGGUCGACGGGCACGUGGAGGUGCACGCGCGCCACGAGGAGCGGCAGGACGAACACGGCUUCAUCACGCGGGAGUUUCACCGCCGCUACCGCCUGCCCGCCGGUGUGGACGGCACGCGCGUGACUUCGGCCCUCUCCCCCGAAGGGAUCCUGGCUAUCGAGGGGCCCCCCAGCCCCAGCCCGCAGGGGACCACCCCCACUCCCCCCUAGGGGGUUUGGGCCGGGCUGCCCCUGUCCCUCUGGGCAGCCAGGGGGGAAGGGGGGUGGGAUUCUGAGCCAGCCCUCACCGCCCCCUCUCCCGAUUGGGGGGGUCUCCCGCCCCCGCCCAACCCCCCUAAAGGCGAUCUGUCCCGCAGGACUCCCAAUAAAGCGUUGAGCAGACUG